AUGACACCGGAGGAAGUCAAGUUACCAGCUCCUGGAGGACCUCCCGUGCAGCUAAUAGCCAAGCCAAGCGAAGGUCUUGCCUGUACAGCAUCAGUCAAAUGUACAUAUUGUGUGAAAGAUCUGCAAACGAUGCAAAAACAUGGUAGGAAAACACAUGCCUCCAGCCUUUUGGGGGAGGUCCAGUAUCGUCCUUGCCUGGUACAGCGUAUCUUCACUGCGGUAAGAAACGAGUAUUUCCAAAUAGGCCAGAACGUCGUACCAGGAGUUCAACCAGACUUGAAAGCCAUCCUUCAAGCCACGUUCUUACCGGCACAUGAUGUACCUCUGGUAGUUGCCCCUGAUACUGAACGAGAGAGGACUCCCCUCGUUCGAUGCAUGGGUUGGGACAAGUUCAUGCCAGACAUCCGCAUGAAUCCAGUUCAGAGACGGGCAGCGGACGCAAUCAAGAAAAAACAUUCUCCAGAGGAGCACGGCGGUCUUCUAGCUCGUCUCGCUGGAGCCAUUCAAGACCACAUGGCAAAAGCAUCAAGGAUCUUGGAUGGUCACCCUCACAAGUUGACACUUUCAAAAGUCCUGUUGUACGGAGACGCCAUACCUCGAGACCACCUCGGAAUUCUUAGGAACAAUCAUUGGAGGCCUGUGUCAGACGACAACCAAGAAUAUCCCAACUUUAUGAUACAGUUGAUCCGCUGCAUCGUUCGAAUUCACCUCGGAUUCCCACCAUUGCAAUUCUCAUUCGCGCUUUCACCUAGGCAGACCACAUGUCUUGAGAACCUCCUCGCUGUCCUGGGGGAUGACACUAGCACACCCCGUAAGAGAAUGCUCGCCUACCAUGAGCUGGCAUGGUCUUUGGUUGACACUGACCCGACCCUAUGCGUCACCGAUCGAUGGGCAAACCCAAUUCAGAGAGCUGUCUGGUUGAGGGCUCUUCGUGCAGAUGGAAAUUUCACCGAAGCUGCCUAUUUUACCCCAGACCUUGCAAAACUCAAGUACCUUUGCAAUGCGACCUCCCUCCUCGAAGCUCUCUUGGAUAAAGACAAGGAUACUGACUCUGUUCAUGCUGACGAUUAUGAUCGUGUUGCUCGAAUUCAUGAUCGCGUCCUACGGCUUGGUCCUCCCACCACCUUCAACUUCAUCUACGAGAUGCAGCAGUAUGCGUCGUCGCUCGCCUUUAAUCAAAUGAAGGAACCAAACGUCUACGUCGAUGCUGAAGUCAAAUCCAUCACCAUUGGCACCCAAACCAUGGAGAUGGAUAAACUGCGAGAAGGCAUGCAGGUGAUCCUCCGUGACUUCAAACAGCGAUAUUCUGCCCUCACGGACGACAACGUUGUGUUGAAGUGUGUGCCAGAUCAUGUCAAGGACGAUCACACCAACACCACGCGAGGUUAUUCAUUUCUGUCAGAAGAGCCGUUCUACCAGAAGAGACACUCUCUUUUCUUCUUCUUGGUAAAAUACUAUAAUCUUGCCAUGGUCGACAACGAAGGUCGACUCUCAUGGAACAUUCCUGGAAUCAAGGAACUGCUCAGACGCACCUCGAGGGUCUGGGAGCCUCUUUACCACUUGUUGUAUAUAACGACUCAUAUUUCCUGUCGAGGAACGCAAUUCAUCGAUCAUCAGGUGUGCAAUGCAGACAGGCAUCGCAACCUCUUCGUGGGGGGCAACGAGAUGUUUAUCCUCACAGGUUACAGCAAGAAGACUGGCAUCACGGAUAGAGACUCCUGCACCCCUGGGUUCGUGCCAAAGGACGUCUCUUUCUGGGUACUUGAGAUGCUGGGAGGGGGAUUACGAACAGCUGAAGCCAUCUUGGCUGGCGUUGCAUAUGGCGAGGAAGCAGAGCAUCUAUACAGAACCUAUCUCUGUGUCGUAGAAGGGCAGAGAAUCAGCGCUGCAAAGUUUUCAGACAGCCUCCAGCAGUGGAAUCAAGAUUAUUUCAGCUGUCGAUGGGGAUUGAGAGAUUUUCGACAAGGCACCGUCACAAUGGGGCGCGAGUUCAUUGCCCCUGACAACUCUUAUGAUGAAGCUGACAGCAUUCUCGCUGAGUCUGCAGACCACUCCACUUCCAUCGACCAUGGCCACUACGCAGUAGUUCAAGGAGGCGUCCCUCGACUGUCGAAUAACAGCAUGUGCAAGCACAGAUGGCUGGGCGAUCAGUGGCACAGCUUGCUUGGUCUUGGUCCCUUUCCCCCACCAGAAGCAAUUCGUAUAAGUAAAAGGAACGUGUCGAAUGGGACCACCUUUCAGUCCAUGUCCUCGCAGCUCACGAAAUCCAUGCAAGCAUAUCUAGACUCAUUUUUUCGCAACGAGUUCCAGCAAACCCUGAAGGACUCGAUCUCUGUUGUCCUUCAACAGCACAGCGAACAAAUGGCCAUCAACCAUGUAUGCACGACUGGAUUACCAUCUACCAGCCAGGCUGUGCAGCCUUUGGACUUGAAUGGUAACUUGGAAGACUUGUUCCCGAAAGGUAUUCUAUCGCAAGGGGCUUCAUCAAAAGCUGGGACUGAGUGGUUAGUUAACAGCAAUGCUGCAUCCACUGCAGUGCUCUCACCAGCUGCAAGUGGUUUCAUAGAAUGUGGAAGCUUGCUGUCCGACUCUCCCCUGCCAGCUUCGUCGAUUAAAUCCAUCUCCUUGUCUGGAUCCAUGGACGACAUCCUGUGGCCAAGCAGUGAUCAGAUUGAUGUAUUGGUCACUCCUGACCGUAAAGGGAAGGGCAGGGCAUACGAACCUGACCAACCUCUUCCAUCCGUCGCCCAAUCUGGUCCGUCCAGAAAAAGAGGCAGGGCUGAUAGUAUAGACGAGCUCAAGUCCAGCAGCAUAUCACCAAUCCCAGAUCGCAAGGGAAAGAGCAGGGCCUAUGAACCAGGCCAGCCUCGAUCAUUGGCAAGUCGAAUUAACGUCGAUCGCAUGGUCCAGCCCCAGUCCUCCAUGGAAUCUGAGUCCAGUACUGGUCAACUUGCAGCACCUGUGUACCGGAGCAGGAAGCACGUUGCAGAGCAUGCCAUCCAAAUGGAAGAUGAGGAAGACCAGCAACAGCAGCAAUCCAGGAGCCUCAAGCGUCUCCGUAGGCAUGAGAGCUACGAUGAAAAGGUUGACUUGGAAGUUAUCAGCAUUUCGAGCAGCGACGACUGCCCCUCAGGUCGAACGGCGAGCACGAAAGACAUAGACCUCUCAAGCGAUGACGACGACGACUUCAUAAUCGAUGAGACCACUGAACCUGCUUCAUCACCACCCGAGGAAGUUCAGGAGAUGAGAGAAAAAAUUCGAGAGGCAAUCAGGUACCUCAGAAAAGAUCCUGCUGCAACAGAAAUGAGCCGAGCACAGAUGGAUGCCAUGAUUGCAGUCAUGAUAGAGCCUCUGGACCUCAUGAUCGCCAUGAAGACAGGAGGAGGAAAAAGUAUGUUGUGGAUGGUUCCCUCUGUGCUUGAUGACGAUGUGAAAUGCAUGGUGGUAUGCCCCUUCGUCGCCUUGCUUGAAGAGCAGUACGCCAAAACCGUCGCUGCUGGCCUUCGAUGCCACAACUACUCUCGCUCCAAAGAUGUGCCAGACAACGUUCAGGUUCUUUUCAUUCAGGUGGAACAUUGUUCGUCCGAUAGAUUUGCUAGCUGCUCAUCUGUCUUUGACAGUCUCCUGACAUCCCCCCUCGGACGAAAGUUCAAGAGGGUCUUUGUGGACGAAUUUCACGACAUCAUCAAUUGCCAUCCCAAUCGUACCGGCAAAUGGAAAAUUUUGGCAAAGCAAUUCAGUAACAUCAGUAUGCAGAUCGUCCUUUUGUCGGCCACCAUACCACCUCACCGUCUGGAGCUCUUCAUCAAGCCAUUUGGCCUCAAGGCCAAGGACAUCACCAAGAUCAGGUCGUCGACGAACCGUCCAGAGAUAGGAAUCCAUGUAGUCCCUGUCCACCCCAUCGCAGCAUAUCAAUCGUUGGGCCACCUGGUUUCCGCUUUGAAAGGACGUCUGGUUGAUGAGGAACGGAUGCUAGUAUUUUUCUACUCCCAAGGCGACGCAGAAUGCUUCGCAAUUCAACACAAGUGUGCAGUCUAUCACAGCAACCUGUGGGAGGCUGGAAAUACUAAAGCUUACAAUCUCGACCUGUGGGACAGAGGAGAGUCGAAGAUCAUGGCCUGCACCACUGCUUUCGCCCAGGGCAUAGAUAGAUCCAACGUCCGAUACGUGGUUAUCUUCAGGCCAGCAUAUGGACUCAUAGUCAACAACCAGAUGAUGGGUCGUGCGGGUCGAGAUGGAAAAGAGUCUCAUGUUUUCUUCGUCACUGACGAUAAUGCUAUAGUGACCUUCCGUGGAGUGAAGACAGGGCAGGAGAACUGUCUGGAAGAAUUGCACGAUGUAGUCCACGGUGAAGAAUGUCGACGAUACACCACUAUGGUCUGUAUGGACGGCAUAGAUUUUGCAAGUCGUUGCACCGAACAGCCUGGCAGCAUCCCUUGUGAUGUGUGUUCUCCCGACAGCCCCACGCAACGAUUUGCCAUGGAGGCCAUUCAAGCUCCUUUGGAACCUAUGUCUGUGGAGGGCAGUACCUCCAACAACAAUGCAAAUGUCUUGCAGACCGCCCCUCUUCCAUUUGUACAAGCGUCAGUGUUACAUGAGACGUUCAAGGGUGUCAUGGAACCUGCACCUGUGCCUGCGCCUGCGCCUGCGCCUGCACCUGUCCAACCAUCAUCCCAAGGCAGUAGUGAGAUGUACGACUACUCCAACUCCCAGAUAACCCCAUCUCAAGCUCUGGUUCUUGAUGCCAUGGAGGUCAUUCACAAGCCUCGGGCCUCCAGGUCGGAGAACGACAACCCCUUCAUGGCUGCAUCUCAACCAUGCCAAUCCACCUCCUCCAGAGUGGUGUUGCCCCCUCCUUCAUCCCUUCCCUGUGAUUCGAGAACCUUUGCAGAUAGAGCAGCUCGGGUGAAUCAAGCAUCCAUGAGUCGUCUCGCAAAGACCUCCCGCCUCAACAAGUACAUGCAGGUCUUGAAAGACCAUUGCCCCCUUCACUUUGGAAUGACCGCCAAACUCGUCUUGGAUGCCAACGACAUCAAUUGCCCUUACACGAACUCCGUGCCUAUGAACGAGUACUAUGUCUUCAAGAGAAUGUUCACCUUCGCUCCCUUCACUUACUGCUUCCAAUGCUGUUUGCCCCAGUCCAAAAACCACAACGGCGAGCAACCAGCGUGCCACGCUGGGUACGUAUACAAGAAAAAGUCGCCAUGUCCAUUCGCAGGAUUCAUCUUCAAGGCAGUGUUCUGCAUGUGGCACGAAGAAAGGUUCAGGACUCUCCUGGUAAGGGACGUUGCUGGAGGGGCGACUCUCUCCACCUUAGAUGAGUUCAUUGCUUGGGCGAUCGAAGAGCAUGCUGAAGAAGGGAAAUAUAACAACUGCUUGGAGGCGUUUCUUUGGUUUUGCGGCGAGAUCGAGAAGGUAAAGCCCAAUUUUUUCAUUUGA